AUGGCCCAACAUCCGCCGCCGCCAGCAGGGCGAAAGGCCUCGACACCAUGGGACAGAUUGAGGCCUGUCAGGCAAGAUCCUCUGGAGAGCAUGGGAUUCGUAUCGAAGGGCGACACCCGCCUCCUCGACACGAAAGCGCAAGAAAGCUUCUACAACAAGAUCGUCGCACGGUAUAUGCAGUUCUGCACGAAUCACUCCAAAGAUCUUGACAAUGCGUUCGCUUCGUUGUCGCUUGAAGACAACAAGUCGGCCUUAUCCGGUGAGGCAAGGCAACCUUCACCCGGCCAUAGUCACAGGCGUGUUGUCUCUGCACGUCCAGAAUCAGAGGCACCCCCAGGCACCCAAGAAGUCAACCCUCCGACGCCGUCGCCGUCAGGAGAACUGUCGACCAUUUUACUGGCAUUGCGUAAAUUGCGAGAAGGACUACUGGCUACCUCGACGUCGGCACCUUCACCCGUAUUCUCACAACGAGUCCAUGUCUUCAACAUCAGGACUGCGAUUCUGGCCUUCCACCCGCCUGGGUACUAUCCAUCGCUAUUGCACCUUCUCUUCGUGUUACACACACCUACGUAUCCACUCCCCAAAUCGGAACUGAUCGAGAUGACCACGUACCUCAUUCUUGACACGGCAAUCCGACAAAAUGAUCUUGGCCAGGCAUUCGCGCUGAGAUACAACAGCAGAGUCAAAUUUGGCUUCAAGAGCAGAGUUGUUGACAGCAUUCUACGGGCCGUCGUGAUGGGAGAUUGGAUCACGUUUUGGCGUGUGCGACAGAAGGUGGAUGGAUACGUCCGGGCCAUCUUGCACUGGCACAUCGAGGCACAGCGCAAGCUGGCAUUGAAGGCCAUCGGGCGGACUUAUCUUGCCUGCGACAUCAAGUACAUCCUGCAGAGUACCGGUGGAGGCGAAGUUAGCUGGGAAGACCUGGUCCAAAUGGAAGAUGUGGGCUGGGAGCGCGAUGGUGACAAGGCUGUGAUUCGCAAGCCCAAGGCGAAGCCACGUGGAUAG